CGCCCCAACCAGGAGGUUGUCCCUGGCCAUCAUACAGGACGAGCUGCCCCUAGUGCCCCAGAAGCUGAUUGAGAUCCAGGAGCGGCGGUGCCGGUCGCUGAGCUUCUCGCAGCUGCACAUGAUCUAUCCCCAGAAUUCCGUCAUCUACACUCUUGACAACAACCAGCUCCGGGCGUUCAUAGUGGAUCGGCUCAGCGGCAUGGAAAAGGAUGCAGCUGGCACGUACGGGGCGCUCCAGAUCCAUGCCUGGUCUGUUGAUCACAAUGGCAGUUAUUUUGCGAAACGCUACCACGAUUUCUUUAUUUCGCAGUUUUUGGGCGAGAAGGCCAUUGCCAGCUUGAAAUACAUCCCGUCGGGGUACCUGGCUGACGAGUAUGAGAAGCGUACGAAGCUGAUUGCGCGCGGGCGACGAUACUGGGAAUUGGGUAGCGGCAUACAUUAUCAGCAGGUUGAUAAGAAUGGGGUAUUGUCACUUCAACCCUGCGUCAGUAUUUCAACACUUGCUAACCAGUUUACACUCGCAUCCAGGAAUCCAUUCGAAUUGUUAUCGACCAGGGUGCUAGGACACUUGAACCUGGAUUGGCUAAGGUACUCGAAGAUGAGUUCCAAGUUGUCUCGUUCCACAAUUUGAAACCUCGGAUAUUGAUGGUGUGUCCUCCAACGAUCGCCUCAUACUUCCUUAGCGAAGGGGAAUGGAGUAAGUAGCCAGCGCAUGAGUUUAACAAGUCGUCCAUCAGCCUGUGGUGGGAUGGGACCUAAGGCAAAACUAACAAAGUUCAGAAAUUGUUAACGUCGACGAAGUC